AUGGGAAAGAGACCGUCUCGGGGAGCUGAUGCGAACACGCGCAACAAGAGGGUGAAGAUUGUUCAUGAGGCUCCGACAAGCGAAGAGAUCCAUAACAGCCGGCAACUUCAGCAGCUUCUGGCAUUCGAGCAGGACUUGCAGAAAGCGAGACAUGGGUUGCAAUCAUUCAAAGUCUUCCUCGACGGGAUCCUAACACAAGAGGGCGCCAACAACGACGAGCAAGUCCAGAUCUUAAGAGACUACCUCGAAUCUGCGAAGCGACAAGAUGGCGAUUUCGAGACGACGUACUUCCCGGAUAUCAUGGAGACAUGGAGCUAUGCUUCCCACUCCAACAAUGACAACGUCAUGUCAGCGGUGGCGGUGACCCUGGCUCUGCUGUUGAAGUUCAUAUCACAGAGACUCGAGCUCGCGGCACACGGGUUGGGCAUUGGCCGAACGCUCCUGCACAAGCGGCAGCAGGAUCUCAUCGCCCGGAAUCUAUCAAUGGACAAGAGCAAGGAGUUUAUAAUAUCCCCGACGCUAAGGCUGCUGAGGGAGGUCAUCUGUCUUGACGGUGGCACCCUGGCGAAACCGAUUUUCCGCGCGAGGAAUUUCACCUUUAAGUCCCUGGCCCGGAAUAUGGGCAUUCGGUAUCUCGGCGAGGGUCUCGAAGAUAUGAAGAGGCCGUCGGCCCGUACGAAUGCCAUCCGCCUCUUCCUGAGUGCGCUCAAGUUCCUGCACGCAGAGGCCAAGGUGGAAUUGCUGUCGCAGAAGGAGAUUCCUCUGGCCCUGACAAAAUCUCUGAAAGAUGAUCCACCUUAUCUCAUCAUUGAGAUCCUCGACACACUCCAAAAUCAUGUUCUUAGGGACGAGAAACUCCCCGGACAGAUCAAGGGCAAGCUGCUCAACUCAAUGGCCCUGAGCCGGUUCGCAUCUCUUUACCAAUACGAGCACAACACUUCUAAGGACGACGGGAAAACAUCAGUGGAAGACGCUGUCCACACAUUUCUUAUGGUGGCGUGCACUUCUCCGACGGCAGGUAUAUUGAGGCCGCAAUCUGGGUAUUAUCCCGGGCAUGUCGACCCGGAUGACGUUGCGAUUCCAUUUGCCGGCGAUGAGGUGGAGCCUGGUCUGGAAAGCGUCACAUGGAUGAACAAGUUCCGUGAUGACAUCCCAGUGCGCAAUGUUCUUCUUGCAGACUUCGUCAAGUGCUUGAAGCCACACUCGAAUACCAAGCAGAGCGAGCUGCUCCUCGCUAUCUUCCAAGCCGCCCCAGAACUGGCGGCCCGGUAUUUCAUCGACAAACAGUCCUUCACAUUUGAUCCCAAGCUGUCCGCCACGUGGAUAGGCUAUUCUGCGUUCCUGUACAAGGCAGUCGAACAGCCCAUCCCAGACUAUUUUGGUCACGCGAAUGGAUAUGCUCGCGUUCCUCCGCCGACAUCCAUCAUCAUUGAUAAUAUUCUGCCACUUCCCAUGACCCAGAAGAUCCUUGUCAAAUGCCUGGCGCAGAGUUCGGACCUCAUUCCUUUCAUCGUCAUGCGACUGCUGGUGGCUGCCAUGCAGAAGCUGCAAAUAGCUCUCGGAUUUCACGGAGAAGCAGCAAAGACCCAGAACCGGUCUAUAUGGGAUGACUCUGCACGGAGACUUAUUGAUGAGUUCUGUCAACGGGCGCCAGGUACGAAAGAGGUCAUUGCGUGCUACAGAGGGGUGGGCGACUCAGAUCUGCUGCAGCGUGAGGCGGCGAGCCGGCUGCUGAGGCUCUACUACGAGGUUAUCCCUCAAGUGGCUCUGAUGGCCAAGUUUGACGUGUCACCGCUGCUCAUCCAAGCCAUCAAAGCUCUGGACGAGGAGCAAAAGAGCGACGAGGACCGCAGGCUUCGGCUGGUGGAAUUGGACAACCUACUCGCAAUCGCUGGAUACUCCCCAGGCAUGAGAUGGUUCGCCAAGUCCCAGGAUCUGCUAGUGUCUCCCUUUGUGGCUCUGCUCAAAGUCCUCAUCACUGCGCCCGCAGGAGUCUCACUGGAUGGGCUCAGGAGCGCUCUGGGUGCAGUGGCAGAAGAGCACCAGCUCAUCCAGUCUGCGGGCGGUAGCUCCCUGCCGCUCCUAGACACCCUGCAGUCGACGCAAGACUCGGCCGAAGUAUCAUCCUGCAAUGCUCUUUGGGCCUUGCUUGACAACAGCGCAUCAAGAUGUGCAACAGCUCCGGUCAAGUACCUUGAGAUGAUGCAAGAAUUCUAUGACGAAGCGGGUAGCGAGGAGCAACAUGGCUCGGGUGAUUCACUAAGUCCAUUCACGCUUGCGUUCAUUGAACAGCUUCCGUUCACCGUCCAGUCGGCAAGCGACAACGAUCUUUCUAUUUUGGCACGCUUCGUCGCCGACUACCUGAACUACUCGCGUGGCGAGAACAAGGACGACGACGACGUCUUCGGCCGGCUGCUGGAAAGGGUCGAGUCGGCCUUCUCCGCAAAGCCUUCUGCGGCCAAGCUGCUGAAGAAACACGCAAAAAAGUCUCAUGUCUCGCACGAGCUCUCAAAAUGGGGCGCCUCUUUUUCCGCUGGCAAGAUCGAUGAAGCCUCUGCGCAGGGGGAUGACGAUGACACUAUGUCACAAGAAGCGCUCACGGAGCUGCUCUUUGCCCCGGCUGCCUCCACAGACAUGGAAACCUCAGCCCUUUCGAAGUGGGCGACUAAAGAGGCGGAUGAGCUUAUUGAAGAGGGUUACGCUGCCUCUGUCGUGUCACUGCUAGCCUCCGAGCACACCAGCAUCAGGAAAGAAGCCCUCGUCAGUAUCUCAAAGAUGGCAGCCAAGGUGAACGACUCGUCAUACGAGGAGAAGCAGCAGAUCUGGCUCCUUCUCUCGGAGCUCGUGGAGUCAUGCCGCUCCCAGGUCGAUGCAGGUCCGGUGGCAAACGGGAUCGUGGCCUUUGCUCGUCACGCGCUGACGGCGCUCAAGGACCCGCUGCACUGUAUGUACGGCAAGGUCAACUCGUUCCUGCUUCGAGGACCGACAUGGAAGCUCGAGAGACUACCUCUUGUGCACGAUGUCCUCCAGGAGGGCCCGGAGCUUGACGACACGUACUACGCAGAGCUGAGCUGGCUCUUCUCUUACCUGCUCGACGGUCUCCAGGACGAAGCGGAUAUGUCGACGUAUCACAACAUGCGCUUGUUUGAACGGGUGCUAUCCCUAAUCGGCAAUCCGUACAUGCGCCAAAAUCUGAGAACAUCAGCUCUGAAGAUCAUAUACCGGGCGACGUGCAUUGAAGGGGGCAGCACAACCCUGGUCACAAGGUUCGGCAUUGUCAGCUGGCUUGCGGCGCAGUAUGCAGCCCAGGAUACAACUUCUGGGGGCGAGGUCUACAAGGCACUGCUCAUGAGGAUAUGGGGGACUGCUGAUCAGGGGCGAAUAGAGGAGUGGAGCAAGGAAGGCAUUUCUGAUUUAUUGGAGAGGGUAUGAUACACACUCAUAGUAAUCAGAAUUCACACAC